UCAUCUCUUGAGGGCGCACUUUCACGGUCUUGUUACCUGACCUAAGCUUAUAUAUUUGAUAACAAAAAGAGACCAGUGAAAUAAAAACCAGACUCAUGUUGACGACAGUAAACAAAAUUGAGCGGCUGGAUGAAUUUUGAUGUUGAUCAAUUCUCGGCAAAAAAUAUUUGUUUAAAGAAACUGAGAUGACGCAUUUAUCAUCGUUACAAGUACUGAGUGCAAUAUGUUCAUCCAUGAGAUCAUUUCUAGGACCAGAUCAGAGGAUGAAAUUCGUCCUUGAAGAUGAAGAUGGAGAUAGUUGUCUCAUUUCCAGCUGCUCUGAGCUUCUCUGUAGCCUUGAUGUUGAGCAUCCUGUCGGCCGCAUAGCUGUUGAGGCUUCAGUGGCUCAUCAGAAGUCACACGGCACAGGGACUACAACCAUGAUGACAAUGGCAGGCCUGUGGGCAAAUGAGAUACAAUCACUCAUAACUCAGGGUAUUCCUAUACCAGCAAUCAUCAAGUAUGGAGAUGAAUGUCUGGAGCAGUGCCUAUCAUCCUUGGAGUCCAUUGCAGUGCCAUGCACCAAACUCAUUGAAUUCAGUGACUUGGAGAUAUUCGCAGAUGCCAAACUUCAAGCCAAUACUUCCUCCAAAUGGUCUAAUAACUGUGAAGAUAACUCAAGCACAAGGGAACAACUCAGGACCUAUGAUCAGUUUGUGGAAGUUCAGUUUAGCAGCCAAAGCGAUGAUCAGUCUAUUUCAAGGCCUACAAUGUUUGAGUCAAGAGCAAACCUCCCUGAAAUCGACCUGUUCAGAGAUUCAGCUCCUGAGAUGCAAGAUGAUGAUGAUGAUGAUGUUUCUUGGUUCUUUGAAGGAACGUCCCAGACUGACGACUAUUCUUUGGAACAGCAUCAAUCAGACUGUGCAGCUGUAUUCAGAGCAUUGGAAGGAGAAAAGUGUACCAAGGAUGGAAAGGAGGCAACUGAAUCUCUGACAGAACAUGCCAUCAGAAGAACUUCUGGGAAUGACAGUGAUGAUGAAUUUGAUUCUUGUUUUCCUCUGCAGGUGCAAGAUGCCAUAUUUAAACCUACCAAAAGUGUGUAUGGAAAAUCUGCUCAGGAUGACUCAGAUGACGAGUUUGACUCUUGUUUUCCCCUGGAGGAAAAGGAUACCAUUCCUAAUAAUGUGGGAAACUCUAUCCGAAAGCCCACUCAGGAUUACUCUGAUGAUGAAUUUGACUCAUGUUUUCCUGUAGAAGUACCAACUACCAGCCAGAAGAUUAAGACAGAAGAGUCAACAAAUGGCAUCAAGUCUGAGGGAGAUGAUACUGAUAAUCAGCAAACCAAUGAACUUGAUGUUAAUUCUGCAACAAAUCCUUUGGAAGCACAGCACACUGCAGAGAAGCUGGAGCGUUACCAAAUGGCAAGUUUGGACGCAGCCAGGCGCAAUAUGGAUUGUGCUACUCGGGAUAAUUCAACCAGAACAAAAUGUCAAAGUGCAAUCUUAGAAUCAAUUCAAACAGUAUUGAAGACAAAACAGGAAAAGGUGCUUUCAAAACAACUUGGCACUGUACAAAAUAACAGCAGGCACUUCAGAAGUUUUGAAACUGUGAUGGGCCAGCUUAUAAACGAGGACCAAAGUUCAACAAGUGGUUGCCAUAGAAAUGAAGCAGUAUCAGAAUUUCUCAAAUCCGAAGAAGGCAGUGGGUUUACUUGUCCAACAGUGGCUUCACAAAUACCUUCCAAAUGUGACACAAAUGUUCAUAAAAGAAGCUCGUUGCCUAACCCAAGUCCACAAUAUGGAAAAUCAAAAACUACAGUAACUAAGCCCCAACAGGAGCGUGUGUCUGGAAUGCAAGAAGUGAUUGAAGAUCUUGUAAAGGCAAGAACCAACCAGACUGUUGCGAGGCGAUUAGUCAGUUUACAAAACAGCAGCAGGCACUUCAGAACAAUGGAAUCUGCUGCGAUACAGAGUGUAUCCGAGGAGGUACAUAUGACCUCAGGUCAGGGGUUAAACCCUGAGGUCACUUUGGCAACAUCAGAGGUUUCAGAUAAGCAUAAGAGAAUCUCCUCAUCCAGAGAUGACUGCCAAGAAUCAAGGCGUGGUGGCAGCCAUGUUGAGCUUUUCUCCGAGACCUACAUGAAUACUGCAACAAAUUGGAGAGAUUUGAAGGAUACUGAUGAGCAACAAAUAUGCGAUAUUGAACAACUUGGAUUUGGAUUGAGUCAUGGGUCAGAUCUUGAAAUGGGACUAAUCAUUGAGGCAUUCAAGAUACAGAUUGACAAACAAGGAUUUAACGACAUGAUAAGGGUACCAGACCUGAAUUGCCUCAAUGUGUGCACUAUCGCAGGGCCACAAGCCUCAGAUUCACAUCUCCAAGCUGGUCUGUUGCUGUCAGUUGAUCCUUGGCACAGAACUGUCAUUGCAGAAUCUGAAGGAAAAUGUCUGGCGGCGUUGCUUGUUAAUGGAGACGCUACGCCAACCUUCAAACAUGCUGGAUACAAGAAUAAAGUCAAAAGGACAACGGUCAACACAUGGACAGGAAUCCCUUCAACUGAGGAGAAAUCUUGGCUCAGACAGAUAGUGAUCUUACUGCAAGAGCUUGAUGUUAAACUGCUCAUUCUGAAGGGUCACGCAGAUGAGCACCUCGUCCAUCAUUGUAUCUCCAAGAAGAUCCUUCUCCUUCAAGAUGUUCCUUAUAAGUCCCUCUUGGCUCUGGGGGAAGCUUGCAGCGCUCCCAUACUCACCUACCUCACUGAUGCCACGGUGGAUGACACUGCUUGUGGUAUCAAUGUUGCAUGCUGGGAGUCUGGAUGGGCUGAGAGGACUAGGGUAAAGGGGGAGGGGCUCAAGAGGAAGUUGUUUGCGAGGGUUUGUGUGGAUGGGAAGGUGUUGCAGACUGCAGUGCUGUGCCACCCCGUAUCUAGCCUACUGCCAGCAUCACAGGCCAGAUUCUGGGCCAGUGCUCACAGUCUCCAAGGCGUUGUAGCAGACGGCUGUUUCCUGCCUGGAGCUGGCUUGCCUGAACAGACGGCCAUCAAACAACUCCUGAGAUUAAAUGAAUUGACUCACACUGCUGGGUACCAUGACAACCUGACUUUCUUCAAGAGCAGCAUUGUGUCGUCUUUUGUGGAAGGAUUCAUUCACUACCUGAUACAAGUCUUGAAGAAUAUGGGAAAGUUGGAUGAUAAAUCUCUAGCCAAAGCUAGUAUUAUGAGCGGACUACAGAAGGACAAGUUAGAACCGGUCCUUUCCAGUUCAAUCCAACCUGAACCUAUUAAUGGAAUCGAUUUGCCAGAUCACACACUAAACCCAACAGGCCGUAACUGGCCAGAACCGGAUAAAUCCAGUAAAAGCCAGUUUAAUGCUCUAGCUAGUGAACCUGGUGGUAACCUUGCGUGCAGUAGCGGAUGCAAUACACAAGCAAAGUGUCUAUCUGAAACACAUUCAUCAAAAAGAACUGAUACGGCCAAUCAAAAUAAAGACAGUCUUACCAGCUCUGGAGACAAGACCUCAAUUGGUUGCGAUGGCAACGGUGUGGUUUACGACAGCUACACAGCAAAGAAAACUGCAUGGGAGAAUGCAUGGACAUUGCUGAAAACAGUUCUGCGGAUUGAUGCCAAUAUUGUGACGGGGGUUCAGGAGCAAGACAAGUCUGGUUCAUCCUCCCAUUCUGGAAAAUUAGUGAUUUUGUGAAUGAUGUUGAGGUAGUUCUGGGGUGAAUGUAAAAGGGAGGGAACGAAGAAACUUUGAAAGAUUUUUCCAUGAGAUGAGCUUGUAAAGUGAGACCUUAAAAAUUUGCUUACAUGUGCGAUGUAUUUUCUAUCAUAAAAUGAAAAUAAACGCCAUUGUUAAUUUGAAACGUA